UCAUGUGUAGGCAAAUAGAUUUCUUUCCAACAUAUUAAUACAACUGAAUCCUGCAUGUGCUUUAACCCUGACUUCUGCCUGGAAGACCACAGCUCCUUGUUGUGUGCUCUUAUCCACAGUGUGCGGAGAAAGCACCCUGAGGUAGCAGGAUGCCUCCCUUUCUCCUUCCAUUUCCCCUGUGGUUUGGCUCAACUCCGAGUUUGCCUGUGUCCCUCCUAGGUGGCAGAAUAGCUGUUUUCCAGGCAGCUUUCAAGAGAAAGAAAAUGAAAAAGAACCCAGGACGCACUGCUAAGAUCAGGGGUCUAAGAAGACGCAGAAAAGAAAAUGCCAAUUUUAGUGCUGAGUUGCUUCCCGUGACGUGUGGUAACUUGAAGGGAGUGUUACACAAGGAUAAAUUCAAACAAGGGAUAUCUGUGAAGUCCAUACAGUGUCAGAAUGGAAACUGGUUCACACCCUCGGAAUUUGAAAUGAUGGGAGGCUAUGGAAAGUCAAAGAACUGGAAACUGAGCCUGCGCUGCCAUAAUUGGCCCCUGAAACUCCUGAUCCAGAGAAAUUUUCUACCCAAUCCUCCACGGAUACAUCUCAAAAGAAAAGAGAUUCAGAACUCAGAUGAAUGUGAGGUGUGCCGGAAUGGAGGAACACUCUUCUGCUGUGAUACUUGUUUCAGAGCCUUCCAUGAGGACUGUCAUAUCCCAACAGUGGAAGCUGAGAUAACACCAUGGAGUUGCAUCUUCUGUAGGAUGCAGUCCUUAGGAAGUCAACCGAGUCUUCCAGAAUCUGAGAUACUGCAGAGGGAGAUGGCUCCCCAGGAACAGUUGAAGUGUGAGUAUGUUCUCUUGAGAGUCUAUUGCUGUUCUGAGAGCUCCUUUUUUUCCAAGAUGCCAUAUUAUUAUUAUUUUAGAGAGAUGACUGUGGGUGUGCAAGAGCCUAUGUGGUUGGACAUAAUCAAGAAAAAGCUGAGUGACCAGGCUUACUGCCAAGUAGAAGACUUUGUGCAAGACAUGAGGCUCAUCUUCCGGAAUCACAAAAUCACGUUCAAGGUCAGCAUCCCUUUGUGCCUGCAUCUCAUCUUCAGGGUUACUCUGCACCCAUUUUCUGCAUGCUGGAAAGUUUAGUGUCAUACAUCUUCC